CUCGGCUUAGCUUAAAAAUUCACGACGGCUAGGUAGUACCUAACUUUAUUACUUUAUUACUUUAUACUUUUUUUUUACUUUAUUCUCCUUAGUUGGCUUCUAAAUUUCCAAGUUGAUAGCCAGCUCGGGAGAGUAGACCAGCUACUCUUUCAACGAAGAUGGGUUCUGAGAAAUCUAGUCCGCGAUGGGCGGCGUUCACUCGCGACACCAACGAGACAAAAAUCCAGCUAGCUCUGAACCUCGAUGGCGGGGACUUUCCUGAACACACCGACCCCCGCCUACUGACGUCCGUCACUGAGGGCCAUGCCACCCAGUCGAGCAAAUCGCAAAUUAUCAGCGUAAACACAGGCAUCGGCUUCCUCGACCACAUGCUCCAUGCCCUGGCCAAACAUGCCGGCUGGAGCUUAGCCCUGGCGUGCAAGGGCGACCUCCACAUCGACGACCACCACACCGCCGAGGACGUCUGCAUAGCGCUCGGGUACGCGUUCGCGAACGCGCUGGGCAGCGCCUCGGGGCUAGCACGGUUCGGGUCGGCGUACGCGCCGCUGGACGAGGCGCUCUCGCGCGCGGUGGUCGACCUGUCGAACCGGCCGUACAGCGUCGUCGAGCUCGGGCUCCGGCGCGAGAAGAUCGGCGACCUGAGCACGGAGAUGAUACCGCACUGCCUGCAGAGCUUCGCCCAGGGCGCCCGCGUCACCCUCCACGUCGACUGCCUCCGCGGCCAGAACGACCACCACCGCGCCGAGAGCGCCUUCAAGGCCCUCGCCGUCGCCAUCAAGCAGGCUACCGCCAGGAUACCCGGCAAGGAGGGCGAGGUGCCGAGCACCAAGGGAACUUUGAGCGUAUAGCAGACAGACUAAACUAACCUAAGAGAAAUGGUAAAAUUUCUGAUGAUACGUGUAUUCGCAUACUUGAGACAACUAUAAUCGCAAUCGCAUUCAAAUUCUAUCAAGACGGCGAAUCAUCAACAUUAAAGCGU